GUCCGGUUAGUUCGCUCUCCGGUUUGCUCAGACUUGGUCACGGGUGAACGGAUGGCAGGCGUACGUCUCCUGUGCGUUUUCUCUCACGUCGAAUAUGAUAGCGAUCGGGCGACGCACCGCAGAAUUUCAUAGGCGAUUCGAGCUAUAAAUAUUGAAAUAGAAAGGUGCCGCGGCACUUAAAUUUGGAUUCGCAUUGGAACAGCAGCAGCAGCAGCGACAACGACAGCGACAGGGAAGUGGCCGCCGGCUCGUGGCACAGACGCGAGGCUUAUUUUGAAACAAUCGGAGGAUCUUUUAUGUCGGAUUCGGCGCGAAACGUCUCCGACGCGUGUGCGAUCGACGAGAAUCUCAUUGCGUGAUCUGUCUUGGCCUUAAACUGAUCGAUAAUGGGGAUAAUACUGUCCAGAUUUCGGAAAAAGAAGACUACCAUCGAAAUUUUAGAAGAUCUUGAUUCACAAAUUAAAGAGAUCCAACAAUAUGGACAAACUACAGAACAGAGACAUAAGAAGAUAGUGGGAACUAUCAUCAUUUAUGGAGUUGUUCUUUAUGUUAUGAUAGCAUUCAUCUUUUACUUCUGCUUCUUCCCAGCUUCAUUAUAUGAUCAACUCUUCUAUAUAAUACCAUUAUUAUUUUUUCCAAUUUUGAUACUUUUAACAAAGAAAAUGAUUUCCUGGUAUUAUAAUCGCAAAAUUACUCAUAAUCAAGAGAAACUUUCUACAAUUAUGGAAGAGAAAAAGAAGAUAUUGAAUGAAGUUACUGAAACAGAAACAUAUAAGAAGGCUAAAGAAAUACUAUUAAAGUUUGCACCAGAUGAGUUAAAUAUGUCACCUUUAACUCCAAAGUUUGCUCCAAAAUUGCUUGUAUCAUCUGAAACACCUCGACGUUCUGUUCCGCAAAUUGCUACUCCUUUACCCUCUGGUGAUCUAAGGAGAAGAGUUUUAUCUACACAAAAUCAGUCACAAAGUGGACAAACUAGUGUCUCUGGUGCUGCAACACCAGCUGGGUCAUCUAAACAACCUUCAAAUACUCUUUACCAGUUUAAUUCUAGAGUAAUUAGUCCUGUUCCAUCUGUAGGCUUUCGAUCACCUUUACCACGACCUGUAUUAUCGCAACAGAGGACUGUCAUUGAUCGUUUGGUCGAUUACUUAGUAGGUGAUGGUCCUUCAAAUCGUUAUGCAUUAAUUUGUCGACAAUGCGAAUCACACAAUGGAAUGGCUUUGAAAGAAGAAUUUGAAUAUUUUGCGUACCGAUGUUGUUAUUGUGGUUUUUGGAAUCCUGCAAGAAAACAGAAACCUUCCGCUCCUAAAUUGGAUAUUGAUAAUAGUAGUUUUAUUACAACUUCAAACAUGUCUGAACUUUUGUCCUGCAACCCAGAAGAAGAGUCAGUAAAACAUACUGAAUCGGAAACAUGCACACAAUCGGAUACAGAUUCAGACAUAGAAGUAGUCGAAAGGCCAGGAGAAAUAUCUGAAACCGCAGAGCCAGAAGUGAAGCAAUUAUUAGAUGAGAAUGAAUCUGAGAAGACAGAGACGUGACGUAUCACACACGAAUAAGUUGUAUAUUUGAAUAAAUAAUUUGAGAGUGAAGAGGAUGUUUGUAAAUCAGAUUUUUAAGUAAGCUUAAAAUCAAUUGAGAAAAAAAAUUUGAAGGAGGUAUAAAAAAGUAAGUGAAUAACAUAUAAAAAAAGUUGUCUUUACAAAUAAGGAGAAAAUAGACUUAGAAUAAAGAUUAAAAUUCAGAAUA